GCUUCCAGUUAACACUUCAGCAUCUGUGGCACAGCCGGGCAGAGCAGCAGAGGUCCUCAGCCAGCUGGCGCUUUGCUCCCAAGCCCACAUCUGCUGCAUCCAGAACAACUCCCUCCUCCCCUUUACUGGCCCCCCCCGACUCCCACGGCCCCUGCAAGAGCCGAAGCCCACUUUGCCAACAUGUCCAAGUCCAAGGUAGCCAAGUACCGACGGCAGGUGAGCGAAGACCCUGAUAUUGACAGCCUGCUGUCCACCCUGUCUCCCGAGGAGAUGGAGGAGCUGGAAAAGGAACUGGACGUGGUGGAGCCUGACGGGAGUAUCCCCGUGGGGCUGCUGCAGAGAAACCAGACGGAGAAGCAGUCCACGGGCACAUACAGCCGGGAAGCCCUGCUCAACUUCUGUGAGAAGGAGACCAAGAAACUUAUUCAGAGGGAGAUGUCCGUGGAUGAAAGCAAGCAAGCAGGGACCCAGGCAGAUGCCAAGAACGGCGAGGAGAGGGGCAGAGACGCCAGCAGAAAGGCCCUGGGCCCCAGGCGGGACUCCGACCUGGGGAAGGAGCCCAAGAAGGGGGUGUUGAAGAAAAGCUUCUCAAGAGACAAAGAGGACACCGAAGGCAAGAGUGGGGAGAAGCCCAAGGAGGAGAAGGUCAUCCGGGGCAUCGACAAGGGCCGUGUCCGGGCGGCUGUGGAUAAGAAGGAGGGGGGUAAGGAAGGGUGCGGGGAGAAGGCGGCAGCCCCCAGGAAGGAAGAGGAGAAGAAAGGGGGUGACCAGAGCACAGGUUUGAGAAGAGACAAGGACAAGAAGGGAGAAGAGGGGAAGGAGGUACGCAAGAAAGAGGAGGGUGAGCAGGUGCUGGCGGACGGCAGGAAGGACGGGAAGGUGACAAGAGGAAGUGGGGACAUGGACGUGAAAAAGGAGGACGACAAGAUCAAAAAGGGAACUCCAAACGCGGACCCAAAAAAGGAGGAUGAAAAGGUGAAACAGGACACGUCCCCAAGUGAAAAGGAGCCCAAAGAAGCGAGCCAGGCCCAAGCCCCAGAGAAGCAAGCGCCCCGCGGCCCGGCCAGGCCCUCGGAAGGGCCCGCCAAGGCGGAGGAAGCCGCCCCCAGCAUAUUCGACGAGCCCCUGGAGCGCGUGAAGAACAACGACCCGGACAUGAUCGAGGUGAACGUGAACAACUCCGACUGCAUCACCAAUGAGAUUCUGGUCCGCUUCACCGAGGCCCUGGAGUUCAACACGGUGGUCAAAGUGUUCGCCUUGGCCAACACUCGAGCUGACGACCACGUGGCCUUCGCCAUCGCCAUCAUGCUCAAGGCCAACAAGACCAUCACCAGCCUGAACCUGGACUCGAACCACAUCACGGGCAAGGGCAUCCUGGCCAUCUUCCGGGCGCUGCUGCAGAACAGCACGCUGACCGAGCUCCGCUUCCACAACCAGCGCCACAUCUGUGGCGGCAAGACAGAGAUGGAGAUCGCCAAGCUGCUGAAGGAGAACUCCACGCUGCUCAAGCUGGGCUACCACUUCGAGCUGGCCGGGCCCCGGAUGACCGUCACCAACCUGCUCAGCCGCAACAUGGACAAACAGCGCCAAAAGCGACUGCAGGAGCAACGGCAGGCGCAGGAGGCCGGCGGGGAGAAGAAGGACCGGCUGGAGGUCCCCAAGGUGGGGGCCCUGGCCAAGGGCUCCCCCAGACCCUCACCCCAGGCGUCUCCAAAGGCCUCUCCCAAGAACUCGCCCAAGAAAGAGGGUGCUCCCGCUGCCCCACCCCCACCUCCGCCUCCCUUGGCCCCGCCCCUCAUCAUGGAGAACCUGAAGAACUCACUGUCACCGGCUACUCAGAGGAAGAUGGGGGACAAAGUCCUCCCUGCCCAGGAGAAAAACUCCCGUGACCAACUCCUGGCCGCCAUCCGCUCCAGCAACCUCAAGCAGCUCAAGAAGGUGGAAGUACCCAAGCUGCUCCAGUAGGACCCGGCUGCCAGGUGCUGCCAAUGUCGUGUCUGCCCAGACCUCGCCCCCCACCCCUGGCUGUGGAUGUCCCUGUUCUGCCACAGGAGAGCUUGAGGCCUGGGCCACGCUCAAGGAAGGACCACGCCCAAGGAAGCUUGAGGCCUGGGCCAUGCCUCGGUUCUUCUCACUUCCCUUUUCUUGUCUCUCUGAGGCUCUCCGGAAGUUUCUUUUUAUCUGGAGCCGAGGUUUCCAGACAAGAAGAGUCCUUCGAGCACGUUACUGAGAAGAUGGCAUGCCUGGGAUCUGUGUAGCUGGCCAGCUGCCAAAGGCCUAUGAUCCGGGAAAGAUGUCCCAUGGGGACCACAUCGCUGCCCCAGCCCCACUGCCCUGGGCCGGGAUCCAGGCCUCUGAGGAGCCCUCGGGGCCAAGCUGUUGGGCUGGUGGCACUCUGUGAGGGGCAGUGGCAGAAUGCUGAGAGGACACGAGGGCCUGCGGGAUGCCCCUCCACCCUCCGGGCCUGUCAGAGGGCACAGCAGGGGCAGCUGGCCCGUGUGGACAGUGUCGGGUGGGUGGGGCACGGGAGGAGAGGGACAGACAGCAGCGGGCCUGAAGGUUGGAUGCCAAAGCAGACAUUUUGCUCACACCCACCUGCUGUUGUAUAAAUAGCCGUGUAUCUGUUUUUCCAUAAGAUUUUGAUAAUAUAUACAAGCC